AUGACAGUGGACGAGGCAACCCAGGUCAAUGGCGUGCCCGACACCAACGCCGGCGUACUUGACGCGAACAAAGUAAAGCAGAGUGAUUGGUCAGUCGAGAGCGUCCUCGCAGCAAACAACCUCCGCUACGCUGAGAACACCGACUCGCCCGUCCCCUUCUUCCACCUCCUCGAGCGCUUAAAGACUACCAAACGCGCAGGAUGGCAGCGCUUCCACAUCGGAGACGGCGAAUCUAUAUCCGACCACAUGUACCGCAUGAGCAUCCUCACCAUGAUGGCGCCCGCGCCUCUGAGCUCGAAACUUGACAUUGCCAGAUGCUGCCGCAUGGCUGUUAUCCACGACAUGGCUGAGGCGCUUGUCGGCGACAUCACACCUGUAGACGGAGUUUCGAAGGAGGAGAAGAGUAGGAGAGAAGCCGAGACAAUGGACUACAUCUGCACCACCCUGCUGGGCAAGUUCAACGGGGGACUCAACGGCCAGGACAUUAGGGCGAUAUGGCAGGAAUAUGAAGACAGCAAAACUCCUGAAUCUCUCUUCGUACACGACAUCGACAAGAUCGAGCUCCUGGUUCAAAUGGUAGAAUACGAGCGCAAAUCAAACUGCGAGCGAGACCUAGGAGAAUUCCAGUGGGUCGCAGGACGCAUCAAGAGCGAGGAGGUCCAGGCAUGGGCACAGCAGAUCUUUCGCGAAAGGGAACAGAUGUGGAAAGAUUCUGGUAAGACACCGAAGCCUCGCGAGGCAUUCGAAAGGUCAUAGGCUAUGAUAGAGUCUGGGCACGGAGUAUCCAGGUCUCAAUAUCGACGGACUCACGCACUGGCGUAUUUCACGAAGUACAACGACAACGGUUUUGUAGACGGUUUUGCAUUUGUAGACUUUAUAUACUUUGGCAUGUAUACUCGUGUCUGUGUGCAAGCGUGAUAGGUUCGCUACUCAUAGAAUCGUGGUCAUCAUUCCAACACCCUUGCGCCCUACAGACCAAGGACUCGAUAAGUUAAGAACUGGACAAACUUAUCAAUCUCCUCUUUUUCACCUCCCUAGUCGGCGUUCCCGCAAGUCCCGGCGUCCCGACAACCCCUACGUCUCCAGCAUGAUAGUCAUCCUUGCUAUGUCCACC